CUUACCGUAACUGUUGACGGCGAGAUUGUGAGAGCAUCGACGAUGACGCGCAUCACCUUCCUACAUCCCGACCUCGGAAUCGGCGGUGCGGAAAGACUGGUCGUCGACGCGGCCCUUGCCCUGCGUAAGAACGGUCACGACGUGAAUUUCGUGACGACUCAUCACGACCCGGAACACUGCUUCACCGAGACUAAGGAUGGCACAAUUCCCGUCACCGUUGUGGGCAAUUGGCUGCCCAGGCAUGUUCUGGGCAGGUUUUACGCGCUCUGCGCCUACCUACGUAUGAUAUAUGCAGCUAUCUACAUAAUAUUUUCUGACCAACGACCAGAGGUUGUCUUCUGCGACUUGGUGUCGGUAUGCAUUCCCAUUCUUCGAUUGAGAAUUCCAUAUGUGGUCUUUUAUUGUCAUCACCCAGAUCAACUGCUCACUCAGCCUGGAGGCUACAGCAAACAGCUGUAUCGCAUGCCACUGAAUUAUCUAGAAGAAGUUACCACAGGCAUGGCUCAUAAGAUAUUUGUAAAUAGCAUUUACACAGGCAACGUGUUCAGGAACACGUUCAAGCGUUUGCACGUAAUACCAGAAAUUUUGUAUCCUUCUAUCAACACCGACUUUUUUGACAAAACGAGAAUAGUGUCCAUAGAGAGAGUACUAGAUAGAAAACUACCGGAUGAUAGUAUCAUACUGUUAUCCAUCAACAGAUAUGAGCGUAAAAAGAAUUUGUCCCUUGCUUUGGAAGCUCUAGCAGAGCUGGAGAAUCUCUUGACGAGGGAAAUAUACAAACGUGUAUAUUUGAUUAUAGCCGGUGGCUACGACAAGAGGGUCGAGGAGAACGUGGAAUAUCACUUGGAGUUAAUAGGACUCGCUGACGAGUUACACGUGACUGACAAGGUGAUGUUCCUACGUUCGCCUUCUGACAUUGAUAAGGUCUCCAUACUUCAUCAUUGCAAAAUUGUAAUAUACACACCACCAAACGAGCACUUCGGUAUUGUGCCGUUGGAGGCGAUGUACAUAGGCAAACCGGUAGUCGCUCACAAUUCCGGCGGCCCGAUGGAAUCUAUAGUGUCCGGAGAGACUGGCUUCUUGGCCGACUUAUCCGGCCAAGCGUUCGCUUCGAAGAUAGCUUUCCUGAUCACUAAUCCGAGUCGCACAGAAAAUUUUGGGAAAUCCGGCAAAGACAGGUUUCUAAAGGUAUUCAGUUUCGCCGCGUUCAGCGCCCAAUUGAACAAGGCGAUAGAGGACUUGAUUAACGGAAAAACAAUGUAACAUAAUGAGAGAUAUCUGAGUGAAUAUAUCCACAAUGUUUUUAACUUUUGCACGAUAUCAGAUAUAUCUUAAAUGGUUGUUGAAAAUGGUACUACGAGAAUAAGUGAACGUUUUCUUACGGAAUACUGGUAAUAUUCUGUAUCGAUUAAGUAUCCGACUGAAAGCUGCAUUUCUUACUGGACGUUUAGAGAUUAUUGCUACCCAGCUUAUUUAAUCUUCCACCUGUCUUCACACAUCUUGUUUUAGUUUUACUCUCUUUCUUGCAUUAGGACUUUCUUUAUAUAUUUAGGAAACAAUAUUCUAGCGAAUAGCUGAAGAAAACAGAAGAUUAUUUCAGUAAAAAUACUUACAAUCAGUGAAAAGAUUAACAUUUCCAUGAAUACAAUUAAAUACAAUUAAAUACAAUUAAAUUUCGGAAAUGAAAUAUACGUUUGAGAACACUGAGAUCUGAUUAAGCCUAAUGUAAGAAAGAGAGAGAGAGAGGAUCAAGGAUUACUCAUUCCUUAUAUAUAUAUAUGAAUAUUUAAAAUUUGUUAUGUUCUACUUAAGUUAUUACGAGUUAUUAUAUAUUGUGUUGUUGGAUAAUAUAAGUGAUUCUUUAAUUAAAUUUUGCAUGUAUAAUUGAUUGUUA